GCUCAAGACGUAUGCCAACUUCCCAGAAGCACCUCAGGAGGAGGCUUCUCUCAGCAAUAGGCUCAAGACGUAUGCCAACUUCCCAGAAGCACCUCAGGAGGAGGCUUCUCUCAGCAAUAGGCUCAAGACGUAUGCCAACUUCCCAGAAGCACCUCAGGAGGAGGCUUCUCUCAGCAAUAGGCUCAAGACGUAUGCCAACUUCCCAGAAGCACCUCAGGAGGAGGCUUCUCUCAGCAAUAGGCUCAAGACGUAUGCCAACUUCCCAGAAGCACCUCAGGAGGAGGCUUCUCUCAGCAAUAGGCUCAAGACAUAUGCCAACUUCCCAGAAGCACCUCAGGAGGAGGCUUCUCUCAGCAAUAGGCUCAAGACGUAUGCCAACUUCCCAGAAGCACCUCAGGAGGAGGCUUCUCUCAGCAAUAGGCUCAAGACGUAUGCCAACUUCCCAGAAGCACCUCAGGAGGAGGCUUCUCUCAGCAAUAGGCUCAAGACGUAUGGCAACUUCCCAGAAGCACCUCAGGAGGAGGCUUCUCUCAGCAAUAGGCUCAAGACGUAUGCCAACUUCCCAGAAGCACCUCAGGAGGAGGCUUCUCUCAGCAAUAGGCUCAAGACGUAUGCCAACUUCCCAGAAGCACCUCAGGAGGAGGCUUCUCUCAGCAAUAGGCUCAAGACGUAUGCCAACUUCCCAGAAGCACCUCAGGAGGAGGCUUCUCUCAGCAAUAGGCUCAAGACGUAUGCCAACUUCCCAGAAGCACCUCAGGAGGAGGCUUCUCUCAGCAAUAGGCUCAAGACGUAUGCCAACUUCCCAGAAGCACCUCAGGAGGAGGCUUCUCUCAGCAAUAGGCUCAAGACGUAUGCCAACUUCCCAGAAGCACCUCAGGAGGAGGCUUCUCUCAGCAAUAGGCUCAAGACGUAUGCCAACUUCCCAGAAGCACCUCAGGAGGAGGCUUCUCUCAGCAAUAGGCUCAAGACGUAUGCCAACUUCCCAGAAGCACCUCAGGAGGAGGCUUCUCUCAGCAAUAGGCUCAAGACGUAUGCCAACUUCCCAGAAGCACCUCAGGAGGAGGCUUCUCUCAACAAUAGGCUCAAGACGUAUGCCAACUUCCCAGAAGCACCUCAGGAGGAGGCUUCUCUCAGCAAUAGGCUCAAGACGUAUGCCAACUUCCCAGAAGCACCUCAGGAGGAGGCUUCUCUCAGCAAUAGGCUCAAGACGUAUGCCAACUUCCCAGAAGCACCUCAGGAGGAGGCUUCUCUCAGCAAUAGGCUCAAGACGUAUGCCAACUUCCCAGAAGCACCUCAGGAGGAGGCUUCUCUCAGCAAUAGGCUCAAGACGUAUGCCAACUUCCCAGAAGCACCUCAGGAGGAGGCUUCUCUCAGCAAUAGGCUCAAGACGUAUGCCAACUUCCCAGAAGCACCUCAGGAGGAGGCUUCUCUCGGCUAUAAGCUCAAGACGUAUGCCAACUUCCCAGAAGCACCUCAGGAGGAGGCUUCUCUCAGCAAUAGGCUCAAGACGUAUGCCAACUUCCCAGAAGCACCUCAGGAGGAGGCUUCUCUCAGCAAUAGGCUCAAGACGUAUGCCAACUUCCCAGAAGCACCUCAGGAGGAGGCUUCUCUCAGCAAUAGGCUCAAGACGUAUGCCAACUUCCCAGAAGCACCUCAGGAGGAGGCUUCUCUCAGCAAUAGGCUCAAGACGAAUGCCAACUUCCCAGAAGCACCUCAGGAGGAGGCUUCUCUCAGCAAUAGGCUCAAGACGUAUGCCAACUUCCCAGAAGCACCUCAGGAGGAGGCUUCUCUCAGCAAUAGGCUCAAGACGUAUGCCAACUUCCCAGAAGCACCUCAGGAGGAGGCUUCUCUCAGCAAUAGGCUCAAGACGUAUGCCAACUUCCCAGAAGCACCUCAGGAGGAGGCUUCUCUCAGCAAUAGGCUCAAGACGUAUGCCAACUUCCCAGAAGCACCUCAGGAGGAGGCUUCUCUCAGCAAUAGGCUCAAGACGUAUGCCAACUUCCCAGAAGCACCUCAGGAGGAGGCUUCUCUCAGCAAUAGGCUCAAGACGUAUGCCAACUUCCCAGAAGCACCUCAGGAGGAGGCUUCUCUCAGCAAUAGGCUCAAGACGUAUGCCAACUUCCCAGAAGCACCUCAGGAGGAGGCUUCUCUCAGCAAUAGGCUCAAGACGAAUGCCAACUUCCCAGAAGCACCUCAGGAGGAGGCUUCUCUCAGCAAUAGGCUCAAGACGUAUGCCAACUUCCCAGAAGCACCUCAGGAGGAGGCUUCUCUCAGCAAUAGGCUCAAGACGUAUGCCAACUUCCCAGAAGCACCUCAGGAGGAGGGUUCUCUCAGCAAUAGGCUCAAGACGUAUGCCAACUUCCCAGAAGCACCUCAGGAGGAGGCUUCUCUCAGCAAUAGGCUCAAGACGUAUGCCAACUUCCCAGAAGCACCUCAGGAGGAGGCUUCUCUCAGCAAUAGGCUCAAGACGUAUGCCAACUUCCCAGAAGCACCUCAGAAGGAGGCUUCUCUCAGCAAUAGGCUCAAGACGUAUGCCAACUUCCCAGAAGCAUCUCAGGAGGAGGCUUCUCUCAGCAAUAGGCUCAAGACGUAUGCCAACUUCCCAGAAGCACCUCAGGAGGAGGCUUCUCUCAGCAAUAGGCUCAAGACGUAUGCCAACUUCCCAGAAGCACCUCAGGAGGAGGCUUCUCUCAGCAAUAGGCUCAAGACGAAUGCCAACUUCCCAGAAGCACCUCAGGAGGAGGCUUCUCUCAGCAAUAGGCUCAAGACGAAUGCCAACUUCCCAGAAGCACCUCAGGAGGAGGCUUCUCUCAGCAAUAGGCUCAAGACGUAUGCCAACUUCCCAGAAGCACCUCAGGAGGAGGCUUCUCUCAGCAAUAGGCUCAAGACGUAUGCCAACUUCCCAGAAGCACCUCAGGAGGAGGCUUCUCUCAGCAAUAGGCUCAAGACGUAUGCCAACUUCCCAGAAGCACCUCAGGAGGAGGGUUCUCUCAGCAAUAGGCUCAAGAGGUAUGCCAACUUUCCAGAAGCACUUCAGGAGGAGGCUUCUCUCAGCAAUAGGAUCAAUACGUAUGCCAACUUUCCAGAAGCACCUCAAGAGGAGGCUUCUCUCAGCAAAAGGCUCAAGACGUAUGCCAACUUUCCAGAAGCACCUCAGGAGGAGGUUUCUCUCAGCAAUAGGCUCAAGACGUAUGCCAACUUCCCAGAACCACCUCAGGAGGAGGCUUCUCUCAGCAAUAGGCUCAAGACGUAUGCCAACUUUCCAGAAGCACCCCAGGAGGAGGCUCCUCUCAGCAAUAGGCUCAAGACGUAUGCCAACUUUCCAGAAGCACCUCAGGAGGACGCUUCUCUCAGCAAUUGGCUCAAGACGUAUGCCAACUUUCCAGAAGCACCUCAGGAGGAGGCUUCUCUCAGCAAUAGGCUCAAGACCUAUGCCAACUUUCCAGAAGCACCUCAGGAGGACGCUUCUCUCAGCAAUAGGCUCAAGAGGUAUGCCAACUUUCCAGAAGCACUUCAGGAGGAGGCUUCUCUCAGCAAUAGGCUCAAGAGGUAUGCCAACUUUCCAGAAGCACUUCAGGAGGAGGCUUCUCUCAGCAAUAGGCUCAAGAGGUAUGCCAACUUUCCAGAAGCACUUCAGGAGGAGGCUUCUAUCAGCAAUAGGCUCAAGAGGUAUGCCAACUUUCCAGAAGCACUUCAGGAGGAGGCUUCUCUCAGCAAUAGGAUCAAUACGUAUGCCAACUUUCCAGAAGCACCUCAAGAGGAGGCUUCUCUCAGCAAAAGGCUCAAGACGUAUGCCAACUUUCCAGAAGCACCUCAGGAGGAGGUUUCUCUCAGCAAUAGGCUCAAUACGUAUGCCAACUUUCCAGAAGCACCUCAGGAGGAGGCUUCUCUCAGCAACAGGCUCAAGACGUAUGCCAACUUUCCAGAAGCAUCUCAGGAGGACGCUUCUCUCAGCAAUAGGCUCAAGACGUAUGCCAACUUUCCAGAAGCACCUCAGGAGGAGGCUUCUCUCAGCAAUAGGCUCAAGACGUAUGCCAACUUUCCAGAAGCACCUCAGGAGGGGGCUUCUCUCAGCAAUAGGCUCAAGACGUAUGCCAACUUUCCAGAAGCACCUCAGGAGGAGGCUUCUCUCAGCAAUAGGCUCAAGACGUAUGCCAACUUUCCAGAAGCACCUCAGGAGGAGGCUUCUCUCAGCAAUAGGCUCAAGACGUAUGCCAACUUUCCAGAAGCACCUCAGGAGGAGGCUUCUCUCAGCAAUAGGCUCAAGACGUAUGCCAACUUUCCAGAAGCACCUCAGGAGGGGGCUUCUCUCAGCAAUAGGCUCAAGACGUAUGCCAACUUUCCAGAAGCAUCUCAGGAGGACGCUUCUCUCAGCAAUAGGCUCAAGACGUAUGCCAACUUUCCAGAAGCACCUCAGGAGGAGGCUUCUCUCAGCAAUAGGCUCAAGACGUAUGCCAACUUUCCAGAAGCACCUCAGGAGGAGGCUUCUCUCAGCAAUAGGCUCAAGACGUAUGCCAACUUUCCAGAAGCACCUCAGGAGGAGGCUUCUCUCAGCAAUAGGCUCAAGACGUAUGCCAACUUUCCAGAAGCACCUCAGGAGGAGGCUUCUCUCAGCAAUAGGCUCAAGACGUAUGCCAACUUUCCAGAAGCACCUCAGGAGGAGGCUUCUCUCAGCAAUAGGCUCAAGACGUAUGCCAACUUUCCAGAAGCACCUCAGGAGGAGGCUUCUCUCAGCAAUAGGCUCAAGACGUAUGCCACCUUUCCAGAAGCACCUCAGGAGGAGGCUUCUCUCAGCAAUAGGCUCAAGAGGUAUGCCAACUUUCCAGAAGCACUUCAGGAGGAGGCUUCUCUCAGCAAUAGGCUCAAGAGGUAUGCCAACUUUCCAGAAGCACUUCAGGAGGAGGCUUCUCUCAGCAAUAGGCUCAAGAGGUAUGCCAACUUUCCAGAAGCACUUCAGGAGGAGGCUUCUCUCAGCAAUAGGAUCAAUACGUAUGCCAACUUUCCAGAAGCACCUCAAGAGGAGGCUUCUCUCAGCAAAAGGCUCAAGACCUAUGACAACUUUCCAGAAGCACCUCAGGAGGAGGCUUCUCUCAGCAAUAGGCUCAAGUCGUAUGCCAACGUUCGAGAAUCACCUCAGGAGGAGGCUUCUCUCAGCAAUAGGCUCAAGUCGUAUGCCAACGUUCGAGAAUCACCUCAGGAGGAGGCUUCUCUCAGCAAUAGGCUCAAGUCGUAUGCCAACGUUCGAGAAUCACCUCAGGAGGAGGCUUCUCUCAGCAAUAGGCUCAAGACGUAUGACAACUUUCCAGAAGCACCUCAGGAGGAGGCUUCUCUCAGCAAUAGGCUCAAGUCGUAUGCCAACGUUCGAGAAUCACCUCAGGAGGAGGCUUCUCUCAGCAAUAGGCUCAAGACGUAUGACAACUUUCCAGAAGCACCUCAGGAGGAGGCUUCUCUCAGCAAUAGGCUCAAGUCGUAUGCCAACGUUCGAGAAUCACCUCAGGAGGAGGCUUCUCUCAGCAAUAGGCUCAAGACGUAUGACAACUUUCCAGAAGCACCUCAGGAGGAGGCUUCUCUCAGCAAUAGGCUCAAGUCGUAUGCCAACGUUCGAGAAUCACCUCAGGAGGAGGCUUCUCUCAGCAAUAGGCUCAAGACGUAUGACAACUUUCCAGAAGCACCUCAGGAGGAGGCUUCUCUCAGCAAUAGGCUCAAGUCGUAUGCCAACGUUCGAGAAUCACCUCAGGAGGAGGCUUCUCUCAGCAAUAGCCAUCCCCCGUUCGCCAUUCAACACCAGCAGUGGCUGGACUUCCUUCAUGCAACUCCAGAGAUGCCCCGAGAACACUGUCCCAAGUCUAGAGGAACACCAACUGCAGCACAGAAACUCGAGGAAUGCUCCGUGUACCCCAAAUCGUCUCGAGAUGAGAGCUGA